CAGAACCGCCUCGUCUGAGGGGACGCGAGGAUCGCCCUCGCUGCUGCUUUCGCCAGUGCGUUGGGCCGGGCCCUGACAAACUGCCCCAGGGGAGGCUCUUCGGAGCCGGACCUGGACCCCUGCGAUAGCCGUCUGCUCUCCCGCCUCUGGUCUCACGAAGGGUUUCCCGCCUCGCACCCCCCACCUCUGGACGUGCCUUUCCUCCGCUCCUCGCGUGUGGAGGGAGCCAGCGCUUAGGCCGGAGCGAGCCUGGGGGCCGCGGGCAGUGAAGGCAUCGCGGUGACCGAUUCGCCAUGGAGGGCGCCGGCGGCGCGAACGACAAGAAAAAGUCUCCUGAUUGCUUUAUGUCUAGAUUGAUUAUGAAUAGAAGACAUACUGAUUUUCAUCACCUUCUUCAUCUAAUUUAGGAUAAGUUCUGAACGUCGAAAAGAGAAGUCUAGAGAUGCAGCCAGAUCUCGACGAAGUAAAGAGUCUGAAGUUUUUUAUGAGCUUGCUCAUCAGUUGCCACUUCCCCAUAAUGUGAGCUCACAUCUUGAUAAGGCUUCUGUUAUGAGGCUUACCAUCAGCUAUUUGCGUGUGAGGAAACUUCUGGAUGCUGGUGAUUUGGAUAUUGAAGAUGAAAUGAAAGCACAGAUGAAUUGCUUUUAUUUGAAAGCCUUGGACGGUUUUGUUAUGGUUCUCACAGAUGAUGGUGACAUGAUUUACAUUUCGGAUAAUGUGAACAAAUACAUGGGAUUAACUCAGUUUGAACUAACCGGACACAGUGUGUUUGAUUUUACCCAUCCGUGUGACCAUGAGGAAAUGAGAGAAAUGCUUACACACAGAAAUGGCCUUGUGAAAAAGGGUAAAGAGCAAAAUACACAGCGGAGCUUUUUUCUCAGAAUGAAGUGUACCCUAACUAGCCGGGGAAGAACUAUGAACAUAAAGUCUGCAACAUGGAAAGUACUUCACUGCACAGGCCAUAUUCAUGUAUAUGAUACCAAUAGUAACCAAUCUCAAUGUGGGUAUAAGAAACCACCUAUGACAUGCUUGGUGCUGAUUUGUGAACCCAUUCCUCAUCCGUCAAAUAUUGAAAUUCCUUUAGACAGCAAGACUUUUCUCAGUCGUCACAGUCUGGAUAUGAAGUUUUCUUAUUGUGAUGAAAGAAUUACAGAAUUGAUGGGAUACGAGCCAGAAGAACUUUUGGGCCGCUCAAUUUAUGAAUAUUAUCAUGCUUUGGACUCUGAUCAUCUGACCAAAACUCAUCAUGAUAUGUUUACUAAAGGACAAGUCACCACAGGACAGUACAGGAUGCUUGCCAAAAGAGGUGGCUAUGUCUGGGUUGAAACUCAAGCAACUGUCAUAUAUAACACUAAGAACUCUCAACCACAGUGCAUUGUAUGUGUAAAUUAUGUUGUGAGUGGUAUUAUUCAGCACGACUUGAUUUUCUCCCUUCAACAAACAGAAUGUGUCCUCAAACCAGUUGAAUCUUCAGACAUGAAAAUGACUCAGCUAUUCACCAAAGUUGAAUCAGAAGAUACAAGUAGUCUCUUUGAUAAACUUAAGAAGGAACCUGAUGCUUUAACUUUGCUGGCCCCAGCUGCUGGAGACACAAUCAUAUCUUUAGAUUUUGGCAGCAAUGACACAGAAACUGAUGAACAACAACUUGAGGAAGUUCCAUUGUAUAAUGAUGUAAUGCUCCCCUCAUCCAAUGAGAAAUUACAGAAUAUAAAUUUGGCAAUGUCUCCAUUACCUGCCUCUGAAACUCCAAAGCCACUUAGAAGUAGUGCUGACCCUGCACUCAAUCAGGAAGUUGCAUUAAAGUUAGAACCAAAUCCAGAGUCACUGGAACUUUCUUUCACCAUGCCCCAGAUUCAAGAUCAGCCAGCUAGUCCUUCUGAUGGAAGCACCAGACAAAGUUCACCUGAGCCUAACAGUCCCAGUGAAUAUUGUUUUGAUGUGGAUAGUGAUAUGGUCAAUGAAUUCAAGUUGGAAUUGGUAGAGAAACUUUUUGCUGAAGACACGGAAGCAAAGAAUCCAUUUUCCACUCAGGACACUGAUUUAGACUUGGAGAUGUUAGCUCCUUAUAUCCCAAUGGAUGAUGACUUCCAGUUACGUUCCUUCGACCAGUUGUCACCAUUGGAAAGCAGUUCUACUACUCCUCAAAGUGCGAGCACAAUUACAGUAUUCCAGCCGACUCAAAUGCAGGAACCUCCUAUAACCACCAACACUACCACAGCCACCACUGAUGAAUUAAAAACAGUGACAAAAGAUGGUAUGGAAGACAUUAAAAUAUUGAUUGCAUUUCCAUCUCCUCCCCACGUACCUAAAGAAACUACUUGUGCCACAACAUCACCAUAUAGUGACACUGGAAGUCGGACAGCCUCACCAAACAGAGCAGGAAAAGGAGUCAUAGAACAGACAGAAAAAUCUCAUCCAAGAAGCCCUAAUGUGUUAUCUGUCGCUUUGAGUCAAAGAACUACUGUUCCUGAGGAAGAACUAAGUCCAAAGAUACUAGCUUUGCAGAAUGCUCAGAGAAAGCGAAAAAUGGAACAUGAUGGCUCACUUUUUCAAGCAGUAGGAAUUGGAACAUUAUUACAGCAACCAGAUGAUCGUGCAACUACUACAUCACUUUCUUGGAAACGCGUAAAAGGAUGCAAAUCUAGUGAACAGAAUGGAAUGGAGCAAAAGACAAUUAUUUUAAUACCCUCUGAUUUAGCAUGUAGACUGCUGGGGCAAUCAAUGGAUGAGAGUGGAUUACCACAGCUGACCAGUUAUGAUUGUGAAGUUAAUGCUCCUAUACAAGGCAGCAGAAACCUACUGCAGGGUGAAGAAUUACUCAGAGCUUUGGAUCAAGUUAACUGAGCUUUUUCAUAAUCUCAUUCCUUUUUUUGGACACUGGUGGCUCAUUACCUAAAGCAGUCUAUUUAUAUUUUCUAUAUCUAAUUUUAGAAGCCUGGCUACAAAUACUGCACAAACUUGGUUAGUUCAAUUUUGAUCCCCUUUCUACUUAAUUUACAUUAAUGCUCUUUUUUAGUAUGUUCCUUAAUGCCAGAUCACACACAGCACAUUUUCACAGUUCUUUGGUAUUUAAACCAUUGCAUUGCAGUAGCAUCAUUUUUAAAAUGCACCUUUUUAUUUAUUUAUUUUGGGCUAGGGAGUUUGUCCCUUAUCGAAUUAUUUUUAAUAAGAUGCCAAUGUAAUUUUUUUUUAAGAAGGCAAGUAACCUUUCAUCAUGAUGAGUUUGAAAAAUUUUUACUCAGUUUUUUCACAUUUUACAUAAACAGUAAUGAUUUGCCAGCAGUACAUGGUAGCCACAAUUGCACAAUAUAUUUUCUUAAAAAAAUACCAGCAGUUACUCAUGCAAUAUAUUCUGCAUUUAUAAAACUAGUUUUUAAGAAGAAAUUUUUUUUGGCCUAUGAAAUUAUUAAACCUGGAACAUGACAUUGUUAAUCAUAUAAUAAUGAUUCUUAAAUGCUUGUAUGGUUUAUUAUUUAAAUGGGUAAAGCCAUUUACAUGAUAUAGAAAGAUAUGCAUAUAUCUGGAAGGUAUGUGGCAUUUAUUUGGAUAAAAUUCUCAAUUCAGAGAAAUGAUCUGAUGUUUCUGUAGUCACUUUGCCAGCUCAAAAGAAAACAAUACCCUAUCUGUAGUUGUGGAAGUUUAUGCUAAUAUUGUGUAAUUGAUAUUAAACCUAAAUGUUCUGCCCACCAUGUUGGUAUAAAGGUAUUUUGAGCAGAUUGUGAACAAGAAAAAAAUCAUGCUUUGUUAGCAAAAUUGCCUAGUAUGUUAAUUUGCUCGAAAUUUGAUGUUUGGUUUUAUGCACUUUGUCGCUAUUAACAUCAUUCUGUUUUCAUAUAGAUUUCAAUAAUUGAGUAAUUUUAGAAAAGCAUUAUUUUAGAAAUAUAUAGUUGUCACAGUAAACAUCUUGUUUUUCUAUGUGCAUUGUACAAAUUUUUCAUUCCUUUUGCUCUUUGUGGUUGGAUCUAACACUAACUGUAUUGUUUUGUUACAUCAAAUAAACAUCUUCUGUGGACCAGGCCCCCUUUGAUCAGCUUUUAUGUUAAAAUAAUAUUUGCUUUAACACCUCCAACUCAUAAUAUUGUUUACCAACAGUUUAAGUAUUUUAUGAAUAUUACAUUACUCUUGUUUAUUUCUACAUUUAUCGUAUUGCCAUCACCUUAAGUUAUACUGUGUCCCUAAAUGUAAUGUUAAAUAAUAACAAACCGUAAUGUUCCACUGUGAAAAGUACGCUUUUAGAAAAGAAACUUGUCAUUUAUGAACCUUUAAUUUAUUAAAGUAAAACAAAAUUUUAA